GUCAAAUUAAUGGCUUCCUUUCUCUCCAGGCUUGCUCCCGGCCACUUCACCAAGUCCCUUUGAAGUGGUGUAGGGACAAUUUUGCCAUGGCGCUCAUCGCUGAGCGCAGCGGAUUGUCUGGCAGUGGAAGACAAGGCAAAGUCAAAGGAUCGGGCUACAGGAUGCAGAUUAGGGUGCACUUUUCUGUAGUAUCUUCCGGUGGGGGGCUAUCAACCUGAUUCCCUCCUCUUAUGCAUGCUGCAAUCACGCAGCUGCCUUUGCUGUGGUGGGACGAUGACAAGCUGGGCAUCGCUUUUCUGUAAGUGACGAAGGGUUGAGAGGCUUUUUGGCGUUUCUUAGAAAGCCCCGUGAAGAGUUUUGAACUAGAAGGGGUGCAAUGGCAACCUCUGGUGGUGGCAAUCUGCAAGUCGAGGCACUGGGUGAGCCGCAAAUGGCGGCUGCACCAGCGCCGCAGAGUGCCUGGGCAGACUACGAAACUGUCUUCACAAACGCGAAAGCGGGCAUGGACGGGGUUGACAAGGACAAGGUCAAGCAGGUCGUCUACGAGAUGAGCAAGGGGUCCCGCUUCUUUGAGAACGAGACGCGCAAGGAGAAUGCCACCAAGGAGCGAGUGGAGCGGUUGAAGGAGAAGGCCGCCAAGAUUACUCCUGAGGAAAGGGCAGGCUUUCAGAAGGCUGCCGACAAGAAGGUGGUCGAGCUCGAGUCUACAAGAGACCUCUCGAGAACCUGGAUGCAUGUCGACAUGGAUGCAUUCUACGCUUCAGUGGAAGAGUUGCACGACCCAAGCCUUGCCGACAAACCGAUGGCUGUCGGAGGCAUGGGCAUGAUCUGCACAGCCAACUAUGAGGCCCGCAAGUAUGGGGUGCGCGCAGCUAUGCCGGGCUUCAUAGGGAAGCGCCUCUGCCCCCAGCUCGUCUUUGCCAAGCCGGACUUCCAGAAGUACACGGCGGCCAGCAAGGAAGUACAAGAAGUGCUCCGCGAAUACGACCCAAACUUCAUCGUGCGGAGCUUGGAUGAGGCAUACCUGGACCUGACGCAAGUGUGCCUCGAGAGGAACAUGACGUCAGCGGAGAUUGCGGAGGAGCUGCGGACCAAGGUCCAUCGGAAGACGCGCCUGACAUGCAGCGCGGGCGUGGCACCUAACAGGCUGCUGGCCAAGGUGUGCUCCGACAUCAACAAGCCCAACGGCCAGUUUGUGCUGCCGAAUGAGCGGGCCGCUGUCAUGUCAUUCAUCACCUCGCUCCCAACUCGAAAGGUUACUGGGAUCGGCAAGGUGGCAGAGCGGGUUUUGCGGGAGGUCCUGGGGAUCACCAAGUGCGGGGAGCUGCUCGAGCGGCGGGCCAUGAUCUUCGCUCUCUUCUCGAACAUUGCCUUUGACUACUACAUGGCGGUUGGACUCGGCAUUGGCGGCUCGGAGGCGCCCAAAGAGGAGCACCGCAAGAGCCUCAGCACAGAACGCACGUUCAACACCAUCAGCAGGGACGCGGACCUCAUCAACAAGCUGCACGAGAUUGCGGCAUCGCUUGCGGGCGACAUGGCCCGGGAAGGCCUGCAUGCCAAGACGCUCACGCUCAAGCUCAAGACGUCGCGCUUUGAGGUGCGUCAGCGAGCCGCGACGCUUCCGACCUUCAUUUCGACAGCGGACGAGAUCCUGCCGCCGGCGCUGCGGCUCCUGCGAGCGGAGAUGCCCAUCUCAAUCCGGCUUAUGGGUCUGCGCUUCUCUCAUUUCAAAGAAGAGAUUGCCUUUCACAGCGACCCCGGCCAAAAGACGCUCACAGCUUUUCUAAAACCCGCACCCGAGCCCUCUUCCCCGGGCCGCUCCUCUGGGCCAGAGACUGUUCAGAAUGACAGAGAGAAGGCCCCCGAAGAAACUACCGGGUUUGACAACCGGGGACCUGAUUCUGCAACUCCAAAUGCGUCCGCCAGCCUCUCAACUUCCUUAGAACCAGGUCCGAGUGCACAGCAGAGAAUAGCAGACGCGCAUCUAAAAGCAGCGGUAGCAACGGCGAGCUUUGUGAAUGAGCGGCGUCGGAGAGGGGGGGACGAAUUGACUGGUGGAGAAGGGGGGGGACGCGAGCAGGGGAGGGGGAAGAGAGACGGCAAGAUCGACCAGUUGCUCGGGAGAAUGCGGAGAGGAGAGGAGAACGUGGAAGAAGUGGGGUGUGCCACGUGUACGUUUCUGAACCGGGGGGGAAGCCGCACUUGUCGAAUCUGUGGGGCGGAGCUGGAUGGAAAGACUGGGGCCUCAAUGAAAGGUGCCGUCUCUAUCGAGACUUCUGCGCAUCUAGAGAGGAGUGAGGUUCCGGUUACGACUUCCAUCGGUGCGCUCUCGGAAAGCGGUGAGUUGCGGGACGGGGGUGCCUGCGACACGGCUGAUAAGCAGUCCGGGUUGGAAGAGGCGAGCAACGGCAAGGAUUCUCAACCGGGCAGUCGCGGCGAGUCGGUUGAGGUGCAUCCUUCCCUGCGUCAGUGGGUCGAUGACUACGACCGGACACAGAGCACAAGUGUUUGUCAGCGGCUGGAGGAGAAGGACAAAAUGCAGUUCGAAGACUGGAUAGACGACGGUAAGGCAGGGGAUGGAAAUGAAGAUAUUUACGAAAGCGCGCCGGGUGGGGAAGCCUCCGUUUGGACCGAUCCGGACGUCCAACUGGGACUGGAUUCGGACGAGGAAUUUGACGUCGUUGGGUCUCUGCGGGAGUGGUCUGAAGCAGAGAGGCGCCCCGCGAGCUUUGGCGACGGAAGGAAGAGUGGAAAUGGUCGGGAUCUAGUGAAAAGGAGUGGCACGCAUAACCUGAGGGAAGAUUUGGAGGUGGGGGUGGUUGAAGGGUCCGGUCGGGAGUUAAAUGGAGGCGGGGAGAACUGGAUAGACGACGGAGUGGGUUGCAAACGGUUGCUUAAGAGGGACGGUUCGAGCGGAAAGGCAAGUCCCGGCAAGCGGCCGAGACUUGCUGAGGGGAUCCCGCUGUCGGGGACAGAGAGUGAGAAUCAAAAGUCGGGCGGCACUAGCGUUCUGUUUGACAGCGGAAAGAACGGAAGCAACGGAAUCAACGGCAGCUCAGCGAACUGCACUGGCGCUCUUGGCAAGUGCCAGGAAGGGAUUUCGGAGGGUGCGCCGUCCGUAGGACGGCCGGACUCAGCGGAGCCCGGAGAACUGUCCCCGACUGUGAAUAGUGGAGUCGACUUGGAUCUGGGGCGGAAAGCGUCCGCUGAAUCAAAUUUUGCGCCCCGGGCUGUGCGUAGAGAAAAUCCUGAUGCGGGAAGCGUUCCGGCAUGCACCGGCCGAAAUCCAGAGCAUUCAUGCGCGCACGCCCAGGCAGAGGAAGCUUUCGGGCCGAAUUGCAAACCGGUUCUAGAACCCGGUGCCAAGUCCGAGGGACCCGUGGAAAUCUACCAGCCGGAACCCGAGACUUCGAUGGAAGCGGAACGGGUCAAAUGCGAGUUGUGCGGGGAGCUGGUUCUCGGGUUCGGUCCGCAGCGGCAGGAGCACGAGGACUACCACGUGGCGCUCGAGCUGUACCGGAAAGAGGGCGGCCGGCUGCAGCCGGUGGCGCGGAGUGGCGGCAGCCAACAACACGUGGGCAAACGGAGGCCAAUGGCUCACAAGAGCGGCAACCAUCGGGAUCAAAGGGGUUCUGAUGUAAGGCCCCGAGGGCCGUUAGAUACGUUUCUCAAGAAGAAAGGCUAAUGCCCUGCUUAGCAAGCUUACGGGUUGGGUUGACUAGGACCGAUCUCAAACGUUAGCACGCAAGCUCGUCUUAACUUUAUGAAGAGAUACUUUGUAGACUGGCAAAGUGCUAGCUUACUUCUGCUGCCAAUCUGCACUAGCUACUACAAACUCUUUGAAUCGCUUUGGACGUACUGGAAGAUUGUUGCUUCAAACAAACCUUACAUUCGCCCAGUGAAAGGCGAGCUGUGCUCGGAUUAAUCAUGAUGGUUAUGAUUCAC